AUUGACGCAGAACUCGUUUCGCAGCCGCCAAAAUCAGAGGUAAUCGCGAACUUCGCUGCUGCUCACUCGUUGUUCCGUGCCUCACCUUUCCGUCAUCCUCGGUUUAGGCUGCGUUCAUCCAGCAAAGCUCCAUAGCUCUUCGUUGAUUUUCUGAAGCCCUUUUUUGCGACUACUAGCCCACUUCCUUGCUCCUUGCUCCGUUUUCUAACCCGUUGUCAUAGUCACUUUGAGAUCUCGGCCUUCGUUAGUCUCUAUGGCGGACAGCGACGAUGAGGGGCCUGUCUCCAACCCGCUUCCGCCGCCGCCGCGGCCGGCGGGAAAGAAAUCGCAGGAGCGAGCUCCGGAAUCCACGGGGGGAAAGGCGGCGGAAGCGGCGAAUCUGUCCAAUAAGGACUUUCGCCGGAUGGUGCUGGAGACUCCGAGGCGCGGGUCGCAGCCGACGGAGAAGAAAAACCAGGAGAAGAACAAAUACAAGCGGUUCAAUGACCCCAGUGCGACUCCUGGGUCCGAUGCCAGGCGCAAGUAUUAUGGCAAAGGAAAAGGGGAGGAUGGCGCCUCUGUGGGAGGUGACAGUAAGGAGGGCGAGGAGCCGCAGUACAGGGACAGGGCGAAGGAGAGGAGGGAGGAGGUGAAUCCGGAUUACAAGGAGUCUGCCGUGCCAAGCCACCUGGGGCAACUGAAUGCCGUGGCUCCCCCUGGCGUCGACCUAACAACCACUGACGCCCACAAGCUAGCCAUAGAAAAAUCCAAGUUUUUGGGAGGAGACGUGGAGCACACGCAUCUGGUGAAGGGGCUGGACUAUGCUUUGCUCAACAAAGUGCGCUCGGAAAUGAAGGGCCGGGGGGGCGCGGGGGGGGCGAAGGGAGGGGGCGAGGGCGAGGAGGGGGGUGAGGAGGGGGGAGCGGAGGACGAGGAGGACGCUGGUGCUGCCUCCGCUGCCGCAGCUGCUGCAGCUGGGAAGGCGAAGGGCAGAAAAGCACAAGAGAAAAUGCCAGUCUUCCGCUCUGCCCUCGCGCGCUCGGUCUUCGAGCAGAUAGUGCGCCCACUGCCGCCGAAGCCCAACGAGUUCUUUCUACCGGGCCGCACCUCCUUUGUGUUUGACAUGGAUGAUGAGUUCCGCAACGAGAUCCCCACGACCGUUCACCGCAGCAAGGCUGACUGCCCGCCUCCCCAGGACUUGGUAUCUGCGUCUUUGGAUGCCCCUGUGUUGGACAGAGUCACCCACAUCAUAUCAUACUUGCGACUGGGUUCAAAUGCCAAGGCUCACAAGAAGAAGAAAAAGGACAAGGACAGCAAUAGGGUCCUGGUGCAUGGUAUUCUUCCGCCCAAGCCCUCUCAGCCAUCGGCCGACCAACCUGUUGCUGCUGGUUCGGCCCAAGGCUUGGCGCCGACCGAAGCUGUGGCUGGGAAUGGUGGUGCUGGUGGUGUUGGGAAAGGCGGCACGGCAAACGGGACUGGCAGCAGCAGUGGACGGAGAAGCAGAAAGGAGGCAGCAGCUAAGGCAGAGGCAGCGAAAGCAGCAGCAGCAGCAGCAGCAGCGCGUAACGACAAGGAGGAGGACGAGGAUGAGGAUAUUUUUGCGGAUGUGGGAAGAGAUUACACGGUUACGACGAAGCCUACUGCACCUGCGGUUGACGUGGUCCCAGGGGCAGAAGGAGCAGCAGCAGCGACAGAAGCUGCUGUUGCUGCAAGUGGUUCCCGCCCUGCUUACUUCGACGUACCCAGCGGUAUCGCAGAAGCGGUUGCACAUGCUGCUGCUGCCGCCUCCGCUGCUGCUGCCGCUGCUGCGGGUGGUGGUGGUUCUGCUCCUGCAGUCCCCCUCCUCCUUCGCUGCUUCCUCCUCCACCCCCCCUUCCUGCUGCUGAUGACGCAGACAUGGACAUGGAUGAUGAGGAUGAUGGUGGAGGUGUCUUGCCGCCUCCUCCCGCUCCGCCACUCCCACAUGGCACGGUUGGGCCUGCCUACCCUCCCACUGAUGGCUCCUGGGAAGACUACCCGCCGCCUCCCCCUCUUCCUCCUCCCGGUGCCCCCCCCUCCCACACUCUCUGGCCCACCUCUCUCCCCCCCCUCCGGCCUCCCAACCCUCCACAUAUCCCUAUCACCAACAGUACCCCCCUCCUCCCCCUCCUCCUCACUAUCCCGGCCUGGUUCCACUUCCCCCUCCCCCUCCUUCUCUGCAACACUACCCGUAUGGGGGAGGGGAGGGAGGGUACCCACCCCCUCCUCCCCUUCCCUCGGGGGGUUACUCAGUCGCCCAUCCCCCUGUGCCUCCUGCUCCUGCUGCUCCCCCCUUUCCUCCUCCUCCUGACACCAUCCCUCUGGCAUCAACCGAAGUUGGUGCUACUGGCGCUUACCUGACAGAAGAGGAGAAAGGCAGGGGAUUGGCGUCAGUGUUUAAGAGAUUCACUCCCGAGGAAGAGGAGGCGAGGAGGAGGGAAGGGAGGGAGAAAGUGAGGGAGGGGAGGGAGAAGGUUAAGGAUCCAAAUGCACUGGGGGCGGGGGGGUACGAGGAAUGUUACCAGCGGGAAUAUGGGGCGAAUUUCGCCGGGGAGGUGGUGGAGAGUGACGAGGAAGAGGGGGAUGAGCUGGCGCGGAAAGUGGAAGAAGCAAGACAGUUGGCACAGGUGCAGGACAUGUUCACUGGUGAUAGUGAUGAUGACGAUGAGAACCCUGCUGAUGCAUCCAAGGGUACGGACCGAGACAGAGAGACUGCGGACAAGGGGGCUGGCAGCAGCAGGCGGGCGGGCGGGAGGGAGGGGGAGGGGAGGAAGGGGAAGAAGAAGGAGAAGGACCGGCAGCAGAAGCUGAACAACGAGCUGAAUCAGAUCAACAAGAUCAUUGAGAGGAAAAAGAGGGAGGCGGCAGGGGAGGUGGUGGGAGAAGAUGACGGGGAUGGGGAGUAUGGGGAUGAAGAUGGCGGGCCUUACAAGAAGUCCCGGUAUUAGCUAUCAUCAUGAGAGCAAUAGCGUCAGAGGGUCGAGUGUCUCUAAGUCACAGUGGGUGGCUGGCAGGUGGUCUGCAUUGAAGAGGAGUGGGUGGAGUUAGGGAAGGAAGAAGGGGAGGAAGUAGGAGAAGGACCGGCAGCAGAAGUGCUGAGCCAUGAGCUGAACCAAAUCAACAAGAUUAUUGAAGUCUAGUUUUGAGGCGCCUCAAAACAAGAAGGACCGGCAGCAGAAGCACUGAGCCAAAUCAACAAGAUUAUUGAAAGGAAGACAAGGGAGGCGGCAGGGGAGGCGGGGUAUGGGGAGGAGGGCAGUGGGCCUUAUAAGAAGUCCCGUUAUUGGCCAGAGUAUAUGAACAGGGCGGUGGCAGGGGAGGCGCGGGGGGAGGUGGCAGGGGAGGCGCGGGGGAGGCGGCAGGGGAAGUGGUGGGAGAGGAUGAUGAUGGGGGUGGGAAGAAUAGGGAGGAGGACGAUGGGCCUUAAAAGAAGUCCGGUUAUUCUCCACAUAACCAGACCAAGGCGAGGGAGGUGGUGGGGUGAUGACGAUUAUGGUGAUGAGGGGGGUAUGGGGAGAAGGACGGUGGGCCUUACAAGAAGAGGGAGUUGGCGGCUGGGGAGGUGGCGGCUGGGGAGGUGGCGGCUGGGGAGGUGGCGGCAGGGGAGGUGACAGCAGGGUAGGUGGCGGCAAGGUAGGUGGCGGCAGGGUAGGUGGCGGCAGGGGAGGUGGUGGGGGAUGAUGAUGGGGAUGAGGAGUAUGGGGGGAGGAUGGUGGGCUUAUAUGAAAUCCUUUCAUCUACUACCCUAUGUGACAGCAUGUAGAAGGUUGAGCAGCAUUGAGUGGUGUGGGUCCAAGUCUCACCAGCAACAGGUGGUUUGCAGAGGGAGGACGAGAGGAGCAAGGGGAGGAGGAAGGAGAAGGACCGGCAGGAAAAGCUGAGGGGAGGGUGAUGACUACGGUGAUGGGGAGUAUGGGGAGGACGACGAUGGGCCUUAUAAAGAGAAUUGUUACAAGUCUAGAAUCUAGAUGGUUCCGUGACGGAACUUCCAUGAUCCAUGGAAGCAGAUGGAGCAUCCACUGCAUGGGUUUUUGGCAGCAACCACCCUAAGAUUAUUACUGCUAUAACGACAUUGCUCUGGUAAAGGAGGAUACUGGCACAGUGCAGAGUGGCACGGUCUCCUGUGUUGGUUCAAUUCAAAGCUUGCAAAUUCUCUACC